AUGUCACGUUCGGAAUGUAAAUUUACUCCACUUCAUAUUGCAGCGAUGUAUAAUCAAGUUGCUUUUACAGAUUUUUUUAUUUCCCAUGGCGUUAAUAUCGAUAUUAAAGAUUAUGAAUCAAAUACUCCACUUCAUUGUGCUGCAGAAAAUUGUUCUAGAGAAACUGCCGAAUUUCUAAUUUCCCACGGUGCUAAAAUCGAUGCUAAAAAUGAUAUCAAACUUACCCCUUUUAAAACAGCAGUGUUAGAGAACGCAUCUGAUGUAGUAGAUCUUUUAAUUUUACAUGGUGUAGAUUUUACAAAAGAACUUUCAGAUGGUUUUCGCCCUUUACAUGUGGCAGCAGCGUUUAAUUUUAAACGAACCGUAGAGGUUUUGCUUUCAUAUGGAUUUAAUAUUAAUUUAAGAAAUAGUAGUGGAGCAACUGCACUUCAUUUUGCAGCUCAUAAUGGUUGUUUAAGCAUAGUUGAAUAUUUGAUUUCUCAUGGAGCCGAUGUCAAUGCAGUCGACAAUAAUGGAAGAUCUGUUCUGGAUUAUGCCACAGGAGAAGAAGAAGUAAUCCUCACACUUGUUCAACAUGGUGCAAAUAUCAAAAAUUGCUCACCUUCAGAUAAAGCUUGA